AACUCGCUGACCCGGAAGUGGUUUGCUGCUGAAAAAAGUGGUUUGUUGUUGAGUUUUUCUAAGAUGGUCAGUUCGUAUCGAGCUGAGUUGAUGAAUUCAGUUACACUGUUCGGUAGUUUAUUUUGAGCGCUUGUGCUUAAUAUGUGUUAUCAGUGUUCAGGCUUAUGCUGCUCUUCCAACAUUUUCUGGAGCUAGUUAGCUAGCAGCUGCGGGCUAAUGACAGCUUCAGUGUAGUGUUCACAGGACUAGCUAGCUAACGCUACAUUUCCCAGUAACAAACACACACAGUAGCAGCUGAAUCCAUACAGUUUGCAGAUCAAGAUGUCAGUGGAGCUGGACGUGUUUGUGGGAAACACUACCAUCAUGGACAAGGAGGUGUACCAGUUAUGGCUCAAUGGAUACACAGUGAAUGAUGCAGUGAAGGUGAGGAUAGAGGGAGGUGUGAUGGAAGAAUGUGAGGCGAGUGCUGACGUCCUCCUGAGUGACACCAUGGACCAGUUCCGAACCUUCCAGAUGUGUGAGAGGCUUCUGCAAAAUCCAGCUAAACUAGCUAACCAGCUUCUCUUCCAGAUACCACCAGAUCGACAAGCCAUGCUGAUUGAAAGAUAUUAUGCAUUUGAUGAUACCUUUGCUCGUGAGGUCCUUGGAAAGAAACUCUCCAAAGGGACGAAAAAAGACCUCGAUGAUGUUAGUGCCAAAACUGGUAUUAUGCUGAAGAGCUGCAGGCGACAGUUUGACAACUUCAAGAGAGUGUUCAAAGUGGUGGAAGAACUCAAAGGCCCCCUGGUGGAAAACAUAAAGCAGCACUUCCUGCUCCCUGACCAGCUGGCGAGGGAUUAUGCAGCCAUUGUGUUCUUUGCCAAUAAUCGUUUUGAAACAGGGAAGAAGAAACUACAGUAUCUCACUUUUCAGGACUUUGCCUUCUGUGCUGGGCAGCUCAUCAACAAUUGGACAGUUGGAGCUGUGGACAACAUGGUGGAGGACAUGGAUGUGGAUCUAGACAAAGAGUUCCUUCAAGAUCUCAAAGAUCUCAAAAUGUUAAUCACUGACAAGGAUCUUUUGGACCAACACAAAAGUCUAGUAUGUGUAGCUCUGCGAGGAAAAACCAAAGUCUUCAAUGAGAUGGAAGCCAAUUUUAAGAACCUCUCCAGAGGCCUUGUGAACAUUGCUGCCAAAUUAACCAACACAAAAGAUGUUCGCGAUUUCUUCAUUGAUCUUGUAGAAAAGUUUAUUGAGCCUUGCAGGUCAGAAAAAUGGACAUCUACAGACGUCAACCUCUACCUCACCCACUACACAAACUCGGCACACAUACUAGACAGUUUCAAGCACCAGAAUGUCUGGACUAGAUAUAUGGGAGUUAUUAAAAGCUGCAUCCUCAGAAUGUAUCACGAAUGAAGAAUAACAGUUCUUUGUUGUUUCUUUCUCUCCUCUUCACCCUUAAUAAAAACUGCUUUGGACUCAUCCCAACCCAGCUCGCAGUCUGACCCCGUCUUUCUUUAAAUCCCCAUGUUCAUCAUUUUCCUCCUCUAAUCCUUACCCAAAUAUCUCCAACAGCUGGCCAUCUCCUGGACUCCCUCCUCCCACUUCCCCCUUCCCUUUAUCCUCUGUUCGUUUCUUCACCCAUUGGCCACUGUCGAUUCCAGGAUGACUUGUAAAUAAACAGAGUAUUCUAUUGGUCCUCCUUA